UAUACAUUUGUAUGUACGGACUUUGUAGUGAUAAUAUUAUAUUAAGAACAAAAAAAAUUAGAACUAAUUCAAUCAGUACAAUUAAAUCUUAUCACUGUUCAGUAUUUAAACUGUUUUUUAUACCUAAGUAAUAAUGUAAACAAUGUUUCAUAACAAUUGUUAUCAAAAAAAUAAUUGUCAUUGAUUGAACGUCCGAUUUUCAUUGCUGGAAAUUAUUUUGAAUGUCAACUCACUUGGCGCUUAUGAGGACGAAUUCACUCCCAAAGCCAAUCAGAGUUCUGUUCUUGAACAAUAAAGAGGAAUUUUCUGAGAAAAUAUUUUGUAAAUAUUGGAUUGGAGCCACAUAAUAUGUGGGAAGAGGAUAUCUUGACAGACAGAUGAAUAAAGUAACGAUACUGAUAACGUGCAUUAUUUGUAGGUAAUUUGUAAAGUUUUACGUGAUCAGCUGAUAAGUAUAAGUUGAGUUUAAUUUUUUGAUAAUGUUUAUCAUAAACUGUGUAAGUAUAUCAAAUAUGAUACGUAAAUGUUCAUAGAAGAAUGACAAUUACACACAUAAAUAUUAAUCUUUUAAAGUAUAUUCAAUUAAGAUUGUAACAUCACUAUGAGUCAGAAGAGUUACUGGUUGUGGUCCAGACGUGUGAAGCCACGAAGAAGUGUUAUUUUCAAUUGCUCAUUACCAUUUGAAUGAUUCAAUUCAACUAUAUUGGUAACAACAAACCAGUUUUGAUACAUCAUGGCUCUCAAGUUCAAGAUCAACUUCCAACAGUUGCCCAUAAAGGCACACUUUUUCUUUUUCAUGGCUGCUAUGGGACCAAUUUUGCCUUUUCUGCCUGUUUAUGGAAAGCAGCUAGGAAUAUCAGCGAUGGCAAUGGGAACAGUAACAGCAGUGCUUCCGAUACUUUAUUUUCUAUCCAAGCCAAUAUUUGGAUUCUUGGUUGAUUAUUUUCAUACCAAAAGAAAAACAAUCUUUAUAGGAAUUCUAGUGAGUGGCUCUUUGGCAUUUGUGUUAUUUUAUUUCUUGCCCAAGCAGCCGGGAGAGCCAGAAAAAUACUUGAAUAUGAUUCUCAAUUAUUCAUCAUUACAUUUCUGUGAUAUACAACAUUUAUGUGACAAUCAAAAAAAAUAUAUGACUGAAAGUUGUCAAGAGAUAAGCUAUCUAGCACAAGUUAAAUGUUUAUGGCAUAAUAAUACUCUAGAGCAAAUGAUUUUGGCCUCGGUGAUAAUGAAAGAUGACUUGAAUAGAAACCCAAUACUUCUCUGCUGGAAUUUUGAUAGUCAGAACAAUUAUACUGACCACAAAAAUUUUACUUUAUGUGAUAUUAUUCCUCAAAUAGACCAUGAUAAUAAUAUAGCAUGCCAAGUGAAGGAAAUUGAAGUUAACGAGUCUAAUCAAUGUCUCUAUCAAAGUCUAAGGUUUUGGGGAUUUAUUCUUCUAAUGUCGAUCGGAAGUAUUAGUUUCAACGUCACCAACUCCGUCACUGAUGCUAUUUGUUUUGAUAUUUUAGGUGAAGGAGGUCAUAUGGGAUAUGGACGUCAAAGAGUUUGGGGUACUAUUGGAUUUGGUAUAACAGCUUUAACGGCGGGUUAUGCGAUUGAUUUUGUAUCUGGCGAUGAUGUUAUCAAAUCUUAUACUCCAGCGUUUAUUCUGGUCAUUGUUUUUACACUUCUUGAUAUUUUCUGCUGCACCAAGCUUGAGUUACCAGUGAUGUCUCAAUCGGAAAAUAUUUUUAAAGAUGUAAAAAAGCUUUUAAAAGUCAAAACUAUUGCUAUAUUUCUAGUCUUCGCAACAAUAGCUGGUUUAAUGGAUAGUUUCAUUAUUUAUUUCAUGUUUUGGUAUUUGGAAGAUCUUGCUUAUAAGACAAAUCAUCUGCAUCAAAUAAAAUUAAUUGAAGGACUUAUUGUUGCUGCAGAAACACUUGGUGGAGAAGUAAUUUUCUUCUCGUUAUCUGGAAAAAUUUUAAAAAAAUUCGGAUAUGGAUAUAGUUUAACAUUUUGUUUUAUCUGUUACUCUCUCCGUCUUGCAUUGAUAUCAAUUGUGCCAAAUCCUUGGUGGGCAAUUCUUGUAGAACUAUUUAUGCAAGGUCCAACAUAUGGUUUAUGUUACACAAUUAUCGUUGGAUUUGCGAGUGUAGUUGCUCCUCCUGGGACUUCUGCAACGGUUCAAGGCAUUGUUGCAGGCAUGGAUGAUGGAUUUGGUUUCGCACUGGGGAGUUUAUUAGGAGGAGUUCUGUAUAAGAGAUUAGGUGGGCCAUUCACACUGCGUAUAUUCUCUUUCAUAGGUGCCAUAGCAGCAAUAUCUUAUUUUCUUCUUUACAUGACGAUUUUAAAAAAUGAAAUGCCAAAAACAAAAGUGGAUAAGAAGAAUAAUGAAAAUAUUGCAUGGAAGAGACCAAAGGAUGCCAUCGAAAAUUGUGAUACUGCUGAAACUGCCAUGCUUUGAAGAAAAUUCAUAGAUAUUUUUUUAUGAUAAUAAUUUACGUACUUUAAUUAAAAUUUUUAAUAAUCAGACUUUUCAUAUUUUUUACUAACGUUGGAAUUUGUACAUAAAUACUUUCAAUACUUCGA